AUGCGACCAUGGGAAGUAGCAGUAAAUAGGCUGCCCCCAACAGCCCCCUUGAAUCCAAGGAGGUUUCUUGGAGAGCCCUGUAACGCCCCAGUGCAUCUCAGGAGAAGCCCACCAGUGAGACGCCAGUGGGGCCUCCGAGACAGGCCUGUGCUGCACACUUCUCUGGUCCAGGAUGAGAAUCUCCACCAUCUGCUUUUCGCCCAUCAUCACCAACAGGUUCCUUUAGAUGAAUCCAGACAAUAUAGCCACACCAGCACACCACCACGCAUGCUUCACCCUGCGGCCCACCUGCCCCAGCAGAACCCCAUCAUGGUGGAUCUACACGAGCAGAUGCCCCAGGGAUCUGUUCCAAUAUCAUACACUGUUACGACGGUGACGACACACGGAUUUCCCAUCCACACUGGGCAGCCUUUACCGGGGUGCAACACUCAACAGCUCCCAGCAUGCUCGGUAAUGUUCAGCGGACAGCUCUCUCUGCUCUGCUGCCUUCCUCCUCCUCUCAUUCAGGCAUGUACCAUGCAGCAUCUGCCGGUGUCUUACCAAGCCUUCCCACCCCUGAUUUCCAGCGAACAUUUUGUAUUGCACCCUACCCCAUCUGUACCUCCCCACCAGCCGCCGCACCUUACUCCUCUGAGCCAGUUUGUCCCUUUACAGCCUCAGCACCCACGCAUGCCUCUACAGAGGGUAGAAAAUGAAGUUGACCUAAGAGGUGACCAGCACCCAUUAGGAAGCUUCACCUACCCUCCGUCACAUCACCCACCAGCGCUGCCUCCUUCUCUGCCCAUACAGUAUCUUCCUCAAGAGCCUCUGCAUCAGGAGCUUCCUUUCGGAGUGCCAUAUCCCCACAUGCUGCCCCGGCGAGCAAGUGGGCAGAGAUACCGGCUACAGCAGCCUCUCCCUCCUCCCCCGCCUCCUCCAUCCUACUACCCAGGCUUCCUCCCGUACUUCCUCUCAAUGCUUCCUGUGCCUCCAACAGCAGUGGGCCCAGCCAUCAGUCUCGACUUAGAUGUGGAUGAUGUGGAAAUGGAAAAUUAUGAGGCUUUAUUGAAUCUGGCAGAGAGGCUGGGAGAGGCGAAACCACGCGGGCUUACCAAAGCCGACAUUGAGCAACUUCCAUCCUACAGGUUUAGCUCAGAGAAUCAUCUAUCGGAGCAAACGCUGUGUGUUGUGUGCUUUAGCGACUUUGAGUGUAGGCAGCUACUUCGGGUGUUACCCUGCAACCACGAAUUCCACGCCAAAUGUGUGGAUAAAUGGUUAAAGACCAACCGCACUUGCCCCAUCUGCCGAGCUGACGCGUCAGACGUCCACCGAGAGGCGGAGUGA